AUGCACCCGCCAGCUUCACACACGACCACAACGAAGCACUUUUUCAACGAUUCGCCAAACGACCGAGAGAGCGACUUUGUGACAAUGAGUGACGGAAAACUGAAGGAAUGGAGCGCCAUUCACGCCCAGUCGCCUGCGUUUACGCAACUCGUCGUCAAGUCGAUGAGAGAGCUUUUCCCCGAGGAAUUAGCUGAUAGGACCUGGGACAAUGUCGGACUCCUCCUUGACAACAUCGAAGCACCUGGUGACAAAGAGCUAGAGUCGCGCGUCCUCCUCACCAACGACCUCACAUAUCUCGUUGCCGAGGAAGCUAUCAAACUCGGCGUCAGUGUCAUUGUGAGCUACCGUAAGAACAGCCCCCACCUUUCGUCUCCCUCUAAGCCCCUGUCGCCCCUCCAUGUGCCCUGCCAUCAUCCCUUCAUCUUCCGUGGUCUCAAAUCCAUUACCUGCGCCGACCCGCAACAGGCAACGCUUCUUCGUCUUGCCAGCCGGCGCAUCGCAGUGUACUGCCCGCACACGGCCCUUGAUGCGAGCCCUCGCGGCAUAAACGCCUGGCUCGCCGAGACCGUCGAACACGCCGCCCGGCAAACAACCGAUCCCGCCGAGACAGCCGAACUCAAGGCCGAGCACCGGGUCCUCCGCCCAAUCGCCAACCCGCCGGAGAACAACGAGGGCGCGGGUUACGGCAUGGCUACGACUCUGAGCAGAGAAGUGCCAGUAGCCAGGAUCAUCAAGGGUGUCGGUAAGAUGCUCGGCGGAUUCAGGCAUUUGCAUCUCGUCCAACCGCCAGGUUGCGAUCUGGCACGCGCUACCGUAAGCAAGGUUGCGGUAUGCGCCGGGUCGGGAGCUGACGUCCUCCGCAACUCGGACGCGGAGCUUUGGAUUACGGGCGAAAUGAGCCACCACGAUGCCCUAAAAGCGGCACAGGAGGGUCGGAUCGUCGUCACCACGUACCACAGCAACACGGAGAGGAGAUACCUAGACCUUAAGUUGAGGGACAUACUCGAAGAGAAGCUGCAGGAAGCAGGCGAGGAUGCCGACGUCAUCGUGAGCAGCGUUGAUCAGGAUCCAUUCAAAGUCGUCGAUAUCGAUGCGCUGUAA